AUGGAUUCGUCUUUGAUUAUUUCAUUGUCGUCUAGCUUCAAACAAGUUCCUCCAACAGCUGUUCCUGCUUUUCUCGACUGUGUUUUAAGCUCUACAAGCGUAUCUCCCUCGACCCUCUUCGAAUCACUCAUCGACGAAUUUCCGAUUCGUUUCGAGAAAACGAUAAAUGUGGAGAAGAAAUUCGAUUCUGAUGAAUGCUUUCACAUUGCUUCAUUGGUUUCUGGGCUUUCUCAUCUACUAAAGAAUUUUGGUUUUGGUAGUGAGGAUAAUCAUAAUGCGUUACAGUUAUUUGUGUGGAGAGUGUUUAUUCCACUUAUGAAGAUGGUUCGUGCGUAUGAUUUGGAUAUGCUUAAUAAGAUUGUAGAAUCGUUCUUUGAUGUAGUGAUCGAGACUCGUGUAUUGGAUACGUUGGGAGUGAGCUUGGUGCCGUUUUUACUGAGAUCAGUUGGUGUUUCUAUGGGAAUGAUUCGACACGGUGAAUCAGAUUUCGUCGAAUGGGGCGAGCUGUUACUUCGUGAUUCUUUGAAUACAGUUAAUAUGGAUGAAAGCUACAUUGCGUCUUUGUCUGGAUCAUUUCCGAUUCCCCUGUCGUGCCAUCUCCUAAAUUUGAUACUGAAUGCUGUGUUUCAAAGUAACCAAGCAGCUCCAAAUGUGGAAAGUUUUGCGGUUGGUAUACUUUGGAAUUUGUGUAAUACGACUGAGCGGCUUUUGUCACAAAGCGUAGAGCAUCGUUCGUGUGCUGUUAGUUUCCUCCUCCCUGCUAUUUUCAAGGCAUUCUCUUUUCAGUCCUCUCUGAAUAUAUCACAUAAUGGAAAUAUAUACAAACUUUCAAGGAAUGGCUUCAAGAAAAGAAUCUGGGAAUGCUGCAAGAAGCUGUUCUCUGUUGGAUCGAUAGAGAGAAGGGAUGCUUACAGUGUCCUCUCUUUGUGUCUUUCUUCUGGCUCUUGGACGGACGGAACCACCGAAAGUUUUGUUUCAGAAAAAGAUCCUGUCGAAUUUGACUUGAGAUCCGAACAAGAGUUUUGGGAUGAAAUCAAGAAAGGCUUGGUUGUCGAUGAGAGCUUAGUGAGGAAGCAGUCAUUGCAUAUACUCAAAUCAAUUUUAUCCAUAAGUGAAGUGAGUAAGAAGAAGCCCGAAGAGAAUUCAGUUCAUCGUGCUAUGACAAAAAAGGAGACCUGGGCGGAAAAGGAAGCCAAGUCACUCGGUGUGGGAGAAUUUUAUGGCUCUGUUGACUCUGGGUUGACUAGUCAGCAGCAGUGGCAGGCUUUUGUGCUCUUGUAUGAGAUGCUUGAAGAGUACGGCACUCAUCUUGUAGAAGCAGCAUGGAGUAACCAGAUUGAUUUGUUAAUAAAAUCGUCUCACCAAAGUUACAUGGAAACUCCAGAUGAAGAAACUGAAAUAUUUAAUUGGUUAGAGGUUCUUUGGAAUCGGGGCUUUCGUCAUGAUAAUCCUCUAGUCAGGUGCACGGUCAUGGAAUCUUUUUUGGGGAUCGAGUGGAAAAAUCACAAAACAUGUACACAAUCAAUGUCCCAAACUUUCGUUCUUGGGCCUUUCGUAGAGGCUUUGAAUGAUUCUGUACACCACAAGGAUUUUGGGCUGAAAGGAAUCUACACAUCAAGAACAAUAGAAGGUGCAGCUCAAUUUGUGUGUGCGUACACAAGUUGCCUCAACCCAAGGAAUCGGGUUGGAUUUUUGAUCAACCUGGCAUCUCUUGCAAAGAAACAGUCUUUUGGUAGGGCUGGAUUUAUGGCUCUCGUACAAUGCAUUGUUUCUACAGCAUAUGUGGUUGGAGGAAACGGGAACAAGGAAACAGAGCAUAUCGAAGAUAUAUUCUCCGGGAGUCCCCAUGAACCUUCGAGUGAACAUUUAAGCCAAGAUGAUAUGGCACAUAUACUGGAUGUCUUGAAAUUUGUUGCAGAGAGCAGCAGACAACAUUUUAAUCAUAAAUACCGAAUUCGAGUUUAUCAAAAAGUGUUGGAAACUGCUGCUUCAGUGGUGACCCUUUGUCAUGUUCCUCUUGGAACACUAUUGCAGUUUGUUUCAGCAAUACCUCGGGAGUUUACUGACCGUAAUGGCUCAUUGCGGAAAAUGAUGCUAGGAUGGCUCCAAGGGUGCAACAGAAAGACUUCUAACAGUUUUUGUACUGAUGGCACUCGUCUUCUGGGGAGCCUUUAUGAGUAUCUGAAAGGAUUUGUUAGUGAUCAUGUUGAAGGUUUUGAUGAUGAAGACUUGGAGGCAUGGGAAUCCCAAACAAAAAGAUGGGCAAGAGUAUUUUUCCUCGUAAUUAAUGAUGAAGAACAUCUCACUGAUAUCUUAAUGUUUGUGCAAAAUAGUGGCGCUGAAUUUUUCCAAGAGAAGAACCAUUUAGCACAGGCACCCGCUAAGUUUUUAAUCUUUAUUCUGAGUAUGCUUUUAGAGCUCCAGAACAUGCAAGAUGGAAUUUCUGAGCUUAGUUCUUCGGUGAAAAGCAACUCAUGCAUGGGCUCUGUUGAGAAAACUGGCAAGCAGAUCGUUGUCAGUUCUUCAUGCAUUAUUGAAAAGUUUGCUGUUGUUCUCCUAUCGAUACUGAAGGAGCUGAUUUCAUUUGCUGAUUCAUCUUGUUCGAUAUUCUGGUCUCACACUACUGUGGAGAAUGGUGCUCUGUCUGGUUCUGUCAUAGGAAAACUAGGGGGUCCAAGUCAACGCCGGCUAUCUGUUCCUACUACAACAGCUGUACUUGAAGCUGUAACGUCUGUAAAAAUUAUUGGGUUUAUCUCGUCAUACUGUGCUCAAGUCACUAGUGGUGUUGGUGAACUCAAAUUAGCGUUGGCUUUCUUUUGGAAGUUCAUCCAGCAUACCAUAUCAUCUCAAAUUUGUAAUUCUGAGGCUGCUGCUGAGAUCUAUCUUGCAGCAUUUGAAGCGCUAGCUUCGGUACUGAACGCAUUUGUGUCCUUGUGCUCAGCUAGAGCUUUCAACCUUCUAGAAUACGACAAUACGUUAUUAACCAUGGUAGAUGGUGAAUUUUGGAUACAAGCUUCGGUUCCAGCUUUCCUCAAUAACAUUAACCAUCUUCUCACAGCAGGACUUCUGGUAAGAAGUAGAAGGGCAGUUCUGCUUAGCUGGAAGUGGCUUUGUGUGGAGUCUCUAUUAUCAGUCAUGCAUAUUCUUGAUGCCAGACGUAUUCCAGGGGAUAGAACGUCUUUCUUCUCAGAUGAUACGGUCCAAAGCAUCUUUCAUGAUAUUGUAGAAAGCCUCGAAAAUGCUGGGGAGGGUUCUGCUUUGCCUAUGCUGAAAUCUGUCAGGCUCGCUUUGGGGAUACUUGCGUCUGGGAAAUCAUCUUUGGAUGGUUUCCCAGUUGUGGAUACUCAGACGAUGUGGCAGUUGGUCAAAUCAUGCUGGAUAUUGCAUAUCAGCUGCAAGAAAAGGAGGGUUGCACCCAUUGCUGCCCUUCUAUCUUCUGUGUUGCAUUCUUCUUUGUUUAGUAAUAAAGAUAUGCACAUAGCUGAAGAUGGACAUGGUCCGUUGAAGUGGUUUGUUGAAAAAGUACUUGAGGAAGGUCAAAAAAGUCCACGCACAAUUCGUCUCGCGGCCUUGCACUUAACAGGACUAUGGCUCAUGUACCCUAGGACGAUAAAAUACUAUAUUAAAGAAUUGAGGCUUCUGACUCUCUAUGGUUCUGUUGCAUUUGAUGAGGAUUUUGAAGCUGAAUUAUCUGACAAUAAUGAUGCAAGAACUGAAGUGUCAUUAUUGGCAAAAAACCCAGACCCUGAACUGACAGAAGUUUUUAUCAAUACGGAGUUGUAUGCACGUAUCUCGGUUGCUGGUCUGUUUGAGAAGCUGGCUAAUUUGGCCUAUUUGGUCAAACCAGCAUCUCAAAAUCAAGAUUAUCAGGAUGCUCUUGUGGCUGGAAAAUUGUUUCUAGUGGAGCUUCUUGAUGCAGCGGUGCAUGAUAAAGACUUAGCAAAGGAGCUUUACAAGAAGUAUAGUGCUAUCCAUAGAAGGAAAAUACGUGCUUGGCAGAUGAUAUGCAUUAUGUCAAGAUUUGUCAGUAAAGACAUUGUUGGCCAAGUUAUGGAGAACUUGCACAUAUGCUUACAUAGAAACAACCUGCCUGCAGUUCGACAAUAUCUGGAAACAUUUGCCAUCAACAUCUACCUGAAAUUUCCAGCAUUGGUUAAAGAGCAGUUAGUUCCUAUUCUAAAAAAUUAUGACACUAAAGCUCAGCAAGCUCUCUCGUCCUAUGUCUUCAUUGCAGCCAAUGUCAUCCUUCAUGCUGAAAAGAUAGCUCAACAGAUACAUUUGAGAGAACUUCUUCCACCAAUAAUACCAUUAUUAACUUCUCAUCAUCACAGCUUACGUGGUUUCACUCAGUUAUUAGUGCACCGAGUACUCUUUAGACUGUUUCCACCUGUGGAAGCAACAUCCUCUCAGACAAAAUCGUUGGAGGAACUUUCUUUUGAGAAUUUGAAGUCAUACCUGGACAAGAAUCCUGAUUGUUCGAGAUUGCGAUCAUCAAUGGAAGGAUAUCUUGAUGCCUAUGAUCCCAGCACAUCUGCUACUCCGGCUGGUGUUUUUGUCAAUCGUGUUGAGGAAAGUGAGUUUGAAUGUGUACCAACAUGCCUCAUGGAUAACGUGCUUUCUUUUCUGAAUGAUGUUAGGGAAGAUCUCCGUGCUUCCAUGGCAAAGGACAUAGUUACCAUUAAGAAUGAAGGCUUCAAGAUAGAAGAAGAGUCUAACCGUCCGUUGGUCAUGUCCAGACCCAUUGAAGAAAGGCUUUCCGAGCCAUCGUCAUUAGAUUUCCAGAAAAAAAUUACUCUAUCCAAACUUGAGAAGCAAGAUGCUAGCUCAACUUCUGUGCUCCAAAAUGGGGAAACUUACAAGCGGCUCUUUGAAAUGGAAAAGGAAGACGAGCUCGUGAGCCAGCUCUUACGAUCUAGAAGCAUGGAGGUCGAAAGGUUGAAAUCUGGUCGGCAGAGUUUGAUACUAGUGGCUUCAUUGCUUGAUCGUAUUCCUAAUCUUGCUGGAUUAGCCCGAACAUGCGAGAUAUUUAAAGCAUCAGGUCUUGUUGUUGCGGAUGCAAACAUAAUACACGACAAACAGUUCCAACUAAUCAGCGUGACUGCUGAGAAAUGGGUUCCAAUCAUGGAAGUCCCGGUGAAUAGUUUGAAACUGUUCUUGGAGAAAAAGAAACGAGAAGGCUUCUCGAUCUUGGGACUGGAACAGACAGCUAACAGCAUUUCACUGGACAAAUAUCAGUUCCCAAAGAAGACGGUUUUGGUCCUUGGUCGCGAAAAGGAAGGCAUACCAGUGGAUAUAAUCCAUGUACUGGACGCUUGUAUCGAAAUCCCACAACUUGGAGUUGUUAGGUCCCUCAACGUUCACGGGUUCGAUAGCGAUGGCUUGGAGUAUGCACCUCCCAUGUGGAGAGGGACCAGCUUGCAGCUUCACCACAUAGAGAAAUACAAUAGGGAAGGUCCUUUGAAUCGCCGGCCUGCCUCGUAUUUUGUAACUUUGGUCGCAGAGGAUCCUUCUACACAUUCCCUUGUACCUUUUCAGACUAGUAGUCACGAACGUUCAAAGCGCAAGUUCCGUGUCGGCUUUUAUAUUGCUAGACCUACAGGGUCGUCCAAGGGUACGCGUGAGCAUGAUCCAGCUCUCUACGAUAUUACCUUGCCUAAAUGGCAAUCAGAUAUUGAUCAAAAACAUUUCUACUUGGUGCAGGAAGCAGAGCUGAAAGAAAAUGAAUGGAUUCGCCUCUAUUUGGAACUCGGAUUCCUCUCAACCAAUAUUCAGAUUACCAAUCCUGAGCUGUCCGAUUUGAAGAUUGUGGAGGUGAUGGUAGAAACUGAGGAAAACGUGAAUGAGAGACUUAAGGGGUUUAAAGAUGCAAUUUUCUACAUUAAGUACGUUCAAGACUUGGGAGAGGGUCAUGAGGUUUGUAAGCGCCGAGCUAUCAUUAGAAGAACUGUGGACGUGAGAACAGAACACAUGAGUCUCUUUGGCGAUUACUGUCUGGAAAGCGAGAUCGAUUCGAAGAAUGAAGCUUCUAAUAUAAUAAGUAGUAGGACAAGAUCCAUCUGA